AACCAAAAUGAAAAUAUAAUUUCUCCUCACCAGCACCACACAACCUUUUACCUGGCAAUAGCAUACAAACAAAUUACAACCCUAUUUAUAUAAAACAUAUAAUAUAUAGUUUUAUUCUAUUUUACGUGUCAAAAAUACUCCAAACUUUCUGCUUUCAAGAAUAAAUUCUAGUCAUCUUCAACUUCAACUUGAACUUCUCUAACUAUGGAUAAUAAUAACACUCAACAACUACCCUAUGGUGGAUGGAAAUCUGCCAUCUUCAUCAUCUUUGUGGAAAUGGCAGAAAGGUUUGCAUAUUAUGGAAUAGCAGGAAAUUUGAUCAUGUAUUUAACAAGAGUAUUAGAAGAACCACUUGCAAGUGCUGCUAAAAAUGUGAAUUCAUGGAAUGGAGUAUCUUCUCUUGCUCUUUUUAUUGGUGCUUUCUUUGCUGAUUCUUACCUUGGUCGCUUCAAGACUACUCUUCUUUCCUCUUCUGUUUUUCUCAUGGGAUUGAUUUUGUUGACAACUUCAACAACCACAAAAAUCCCACAAAAUAUACGUACUCCCUUGUUUUUCUCAGCCCUUUACAUAGUUGCUCUUGGAGAAGGUGGUCAUAAACCAUGUGUCCAAACCUUUGCUGCUGACCAAUUUGACGAGAAUACCCCUGAUCAGAGAAAAGCCAAGAGCUCAUUUUUCAAUUGGUGGUACCUUGGUAUAGUUGUUGGUGCAACCAUUGCGGUUCUCAUAAUUGUUUAUGUGGAGGAUAAUAUUAGUUGGACCAUUGGGUUUGCUAUACCAACUAUAGCUGUAGGCUUUGCUCUAACCAUCUUUAUCAUUGGAACUCCAACCUAUAGAAAGGAAAGGCUUGUUGGAAGCCCGUUUACUAGCGUGGCUCAAGUGGUUGUUGCCGCCACUCGAAAGCGGCACAUGACCGCUAAUCAACGGUUGUGCUACGAUGAUGAUGUGGUUGGUGGAUUGGAAGCGCGUAAAUUGGCUCAUACAAACCAAUUCAGAUGUCUAGACAAAGCAAUGAUGAUGGACGACAGAGAUUCAAUAACCAAAUCUAGGGACGUUUGGAGACUUUGUUCAGUAAAUCAAGUGGAAGAAGUAAAGCUGAUCGUUCGUUUAAUCCCAAUUUGGGUGUGCACCUUUGCAUAUGCAAUAAUAGUUGCACAAGUACAUACCUUCUUUAUCAAGCAAGCUAGCACCAUGAAACGUUCAAUUGGCCCUAAGUUUCAAAUCCCACCAGCAUCUCUUCAAGUCAUUCCUGGGAUCACUAUUCUACUUUCUGUUCCUAUCUAUGAUAAACUCUUUGUUCCUACUAUGAGAAAUCUCACUAGAAUCCCCUCAGGCAUAAACACACUCCAAAGAAUAGGCAUUGGCUUGGGACUUUCCAUCCUUACCAUCGGCAUAGCAGCCGUAGUAGAGUCUAUGCGUGUUAGUGUUGCGAGCAAGCAUGGGAUAAUCGACGACCCAAAGGCUAUAGUACCCAUGAGCGUAGGGUGGUUAAUCCCUCAAUUUGUAGUGAUGGGACUUGGUGAUAUGUUUGCAUAUGUUGGAAUGCAAGAACUAUUCUAUGAUCAAAUGCCAGAGGACAUGCGAAGCAUGGGUUCAGCCUUGACAAAUGGUGCAUUAGGCGUUGGGGCAUUCAUGAGUACCGCGAUUAUAUCUGCUGUGCAAGAGAUUAGCUCGCGAUGGGGGGAUCCAUGGCUAGUUAAUAACCUCAAUCGUGCUCAUCUUGAUCAAUUUUAUUGGGUUUUGGGUGGCUUGUGUGCUUUGGAUUUGGUUAUUUAUGUAGUGGCUGCUAAAUGGUUUGUGUGGAAGAAUACUGAAAUGAGUCAAAUUGUUAUAAGUUGAUUAUUAUAAAUCUGCAUAUCAGCAUAUGUAUACAGUAUACAUAUUAGUUAAGCUGAUGAGUCAAGGUUUCCUCAGUCGUACUUCCUUUAUACCUACAUUGUAAAAGGUUUGCGUCGAUGUGAGAAAUAAUCAGUAGAAGUUUGUUCCGCAAUUCUCCUCGUUUUGUUUUUCUCUUACCUAUUUA